AUGGCCGAGCAGGUGCUGGUCAUCGGCAGUGGUGGCAGGGAGCAUGCCUUGGCCUGGAAGUUGGCUCAAUCUCCACAUGUGAAACAUGUCUUUGUGGCUCCAGGAAACGCAGGAACAGCUGACAAUGGAAAAAUCUCCAAUUCAGCCGUUUCCAUCAGCAACCACACUGCCCUCGCCCAGUACUGCAGAGACCAAGACAUCAGGCUGGUUGUGGUUGGGCCAGAGGUUCCUCUUGCUGCUGGAAUUGUGGAUGACCUGACAGCAGCUGGGAUCAAAUGUUUUGGCCCCACAGCCAAGGCAGCACAGCUGGAGUCCAGCAAGAGCUUCUCCAAAGCCUUCAUGGACCGGCACGACAUCCCGACCGCACGAUGGAAAUCCUUCACUGACCCGAAAACAGCAUGUGACUUUAUUAACACUGCCAACUUCCCUGCUCUGGUGGUCAAAGCCAGUGGCCUGGCAGCUGGCAAAGGAGUUAUUGUGGCUUCCAGCAAGGAAGAGGCAUGCAGAGCUGUUAAUGAGAUCAUGCAGGACAAGACUUUUGGCACAGCCGGAGAAACAGUGGUUGUUGAAGAGCUUCUUGAGGGAGAAGAAGUGUCUUGCCUGUGCUUCACUGAUGGCACCACCAUUGCUCCCAUGCCUCCAGCCCAGGACCACAAGCGACUGAUGGAUGGAGAUGAAGGCCCCAACACAGGAGGGAUGGGAGCUUAUUCCCCAGCUCCACAGAUUUCUAAGGAUUUGCUGCAGAAAAUCAGAGAUACUGUUCUCCAGAGAACUGUGGAUGGCAUGAGGAAAGAAGGUGUUCCCUAUUGUGGUGUGCUUUAUGCUGGAUUAAUCCUCACCAAGGAUGGACCUAAAGUUCUGGAGUUUAACUGCAGAUUUGGUGACCCAGAAUGUCAGGUGAUUCUGCCACUGCUCAGGAGUGAUCUGUAUGAGGUGAUGCAAGCAGUCAUCAGCAAGAGGUUGUCCAGUGCCAUGCCAGCUUGGUCUGAGAACAGUGCAGCUGUGACUGUGGUCAUGGCUAGUGAGGGCUAUCCAGGGGCGUAUCCCAAGGGUUUGGAAAUAACAGGCCUCUCCACGGCAAAGCAGCUGGGGCUGGAGGUGUUCCACGCAGGCACAGCCCUGAAGGAUGGCAGAGUGGUGACCAGUGGGGGGAGAGUCCUGACAGUGACUGCCAUCAAGGAGGACCUGCCCACAGCCCUGCAGGAGGCCAACAAGGGAGUGGCAGCCAUCCACUUCAGGGGGGCCAUUUACAGGAGGGACAUUGGCUAUCGAGCCAUAGCCUUCCUGAAGCAAUCCAGAGGCCUAACUUACAAAAACAGCGGGGUGGACAUCGAGGCAGGGAACACUUUGGUUCAGAAGAUUAAGCCUUUCGCUGCAGCCACGUCAAGGUCAGGCUGCAACGCAGAGCUUGGAGGCUUCGCUGGACUCUUUGACCUGAAAGCAGCUGGUUACAGAGAUCCCAUCCUGGUGUCUGGAACUGAUGGUGUGGGCACCAAACUCAAGAUUGCACAGGAGUGUCAGAAGCACAACACCAUCGGCCAGGACCUGGUGGCCAUGUGUGUCAACGACAUCCUGGCCCAGGGGGCAGAGCCUCUCUUCUUCCUCGACUACUUUGCCUGCGGCAAACUGGAUGUGGAGGUGGCUCAGGGAGUCAUUGCAGGCAUUGCUGAGGCUUGCAGGAAAGCUGGAUGUGCUCUGCUGGGAGGAGAGACGGCCGAGAUGCCUGGCAUGUACCCCCCAGGGGAGUAUGACCUGGCUGGCUUCGCCGUGGGGGCCGUGGAGCGAGGGCAGAUGCUGCCCCAGCUGGACAGGAUCACUGAUGGGGAUGUGGUUAUCGGAGUAGCUUCCUCUGGAGUUCACAGCAACGGCUACAGCCUCGUGAGGAAGAUCGUGGAAAAGUCAUCCUUGGACUUCUCCUCUCCUGUUGGUGCCUCUGGGGAUCAGACUUUAGGAGACCUCUUGUUAAUCCCAACCAAGCUCUACAGCAAGACUCUGCUGCCUGUGCUGCGCUCGGGCCACGUCAAGGCCUACGCACACAUCACUGGGGGAGGUUUGCUGGAGAACAUCCCCAGAGUCCUCCCAGAGUCCUUUGGUGUCGUUUUAGAUGCUCUGACCUGGAGGAUCCCUGAAGUCUUUUGCUGGCUCCAUAAGGAAGGAAACCUCUCUGAGGAGGAAAUGACUCGGACAUUCAACUGUGGGAUCGGAGCUGUGCUGGUGGUCCAGAAGGAGAUGGCUCAGCAGGUCCUCAAGGACAUACAGAGACAGGAGACAGCCUGGAUCAUUGGGAAAGUUGUCCCCAUACAAAAAGGCUCUGACAGCGUGCAGGUCCAUAACCUGCUCCGAGCCCUGCAGGCCAACCGGUCCCUGUCUGUGCCCAGCCACAUCCAAGGCAGGAUCCAGGCCAACAAAGUGAAGGUUGCUGUACUCAUCUCUGGGACAGGCACAAACCUGGAAGCUCUCAUCAACAGCACGAAGAAAACCACCAGCUUUGCACAGAUAGUCCUGGUGGUUUCCAACAAACCUGGAGUGGAGGGGCUGAGGAAAGCUGAGAGGGCUGGAAUUCCUACCAAGGUGAUUGAGCACACAGCGUUCCCGAGCCGCUCCGAGUUCGACUCUGCCGUGGACAGAGUCCUUCAGGAAGCCUCUGUGGAGCUGAUCUGCCUGGCUGGGUUCAUGAGGAUCCUCUCGGGGCCCUUUGUGAAGAAGUGGGAAGGCAAGAUCCUGAACAUCCACCCGUCCCUGCUGCCGUCCUUCAAGGGUGCCAAUGCCCACAGGCUGGUGCUGCAGGCAGGAGUCAGGGUCACAGGCUGCACUGUGCACUUUGUGGCUGAGGAAGUGGACGCUGGAGCCAUCAUUUUCCAGGAGGCAGUUCCGGUGAAGAUUGGAGACACGGAGGAGACCCUGUCAGAGAGGGUGAAGGAGGCCGAGCACAGAGCCUUCCCUGCUGCCCUGCAGCUCGUGGCCAGUGGUGCUGUGCAGGUGGGGGAAGCUGGGAAGAUCUUCUGGAAGUAA